UCAUCUCUCACCCAACGCCACUCCACAAAGAAGAAAACACAACUUUAAAAAUCAAUCAGCAUUCAACAUCCACAACACGAACACAAUGUCCGACCCGGAAAUCCAACCCGAACAACACUCCGCUCCGUCACAAACCGACCCGAUAACCACCAAACCCGAAACCAUCUCCUUCAGCAUAUGGCCUCCCACGCAGCGAACCCGCGACGCUGUCAUCAACCGCUUGAUUGAGACACUCUCCAACACCUCCAUCCUCUCCAAGCGCUACGGCACUCUCUCCUCCGACGAAGCCUCCGCCGCCGCUCGUCAGAUCGAGGACGAGGCUUUCUCCGCCGCUGGUGUCUCCUCGUCCUCCUCCGCCGACGGCAUUGAGAUCCUCCAGGUCUACUCGAAGGAGAUCAGCAAACGCAUGCUCGACACCUUCAAGGCCAGAGCUCCCCCGGCCUCCGACGUUGCUCCACCCUCAGCCGCCGCCGUUUCCGACUCUUGAUCGUUCACACAUUAAUACUGUG